AUGAAAUUUUUUUCUCAUGAUGCUCCUGCUGAUCGAUGUGCUUCAAGCUCCCCUGCUGCUUCACAGAUUCGUCCAUCUGCUGCUCCCAGACCUGCUGUCGAACCCCCAGCCAGUGCACCAACUGAUCCGGUCCCUGAUGCUGUUCUGAAUGUCGCUAAUGUACAACCCGCAGCAGCUGAAGAACCUGUUGCAACAACUGACUCGCAAUCAGCAUUGCCUGCUCACACUGUUCCUGUUCAUUCUGUUAAUCCUGGACCUCUUCAAGUUGAAAAAGAAAACUCAAACAAACAAACUCCGGAUGGUUUCUCAGGUGGCUUUAUUCGUAUGUCGGGCAUCCCAUCUACGGAUGAUUCUCUAUCUCAUCCACCUGGCUUUUCAAAUAUCAAUCAAAGAGAUAAUGAUCUUUUCUCAGAGGGUUCUUUCAACACUGACUCAAUAGAGGUCGAAUCACGAAAAACAAUUGCUGUAGGAGGGAGCAUUGGUUUAAAUUUGAAUAGCUGUUCUGAGCACGUGAAAAAUACUAUUCAAGAGGAGCGAUUUAAUAAAAUUUAG